AUGGCUGCUGCUGCUCGGACUCUUCGCAUUGGACUUAUCCCCGGAGACGGUAUCGGACGGGAGGUCAUCCCGGCCGGCCGUCGGGUCCUUGAGGCCCUGCCCUCUUCUCUGAACCUCAAGUUCAGCUUCGUCGACCUGGAGGCCGGUUACGACUGCUUCCAGAAAACCGGCACCGCCCUGCCGGACAAGACCGUUGACACCCUGAAGAAAGAGUGUGACGGUGCGCUGUUUGGUGCCGUCAGCUCCCCCAGCACCAAGGUCGCCGGCUACUCCUCCCCCAUCGUCGCCCUUCGCAAGAAGCUCGAUCUGUACGCCAACGUCCGCCCCGUCAAGACCACCAUCGGCAGCAGCAAUGGCAACCCCAUCGACCUCGUUAUUGUCCGCGAGAACACCGAGGACCUGUACGUGAAGGAGGAGAAAACCAUCGAGGGCCCCAACGGCAAGGUCGCCGAGGCCAUCAAGCGCAUCUCCGAAAAUGCCUCCUCGCGCAUCUCCACCAUCGCCGGUGAGAUUGCUCUGCGCCGCCAGAAGAUCCGCGCCGCUGCCCCGGCCACUUCCACCCGCGACCAGCCCAUGGUGACCAUCACCCACAAGUCGAACGUGCUGUCGCAGACCGACGGUCUGUUCCGCGAGACCGCGCGCAAGGCCCUGGCCGCCGAGAAGUUCUCCUCUGUCCUGGUCGAGGAGCAGAUCGUCGACUCCAUGGUAUACAAGCUCUUCCGUCAGCCCGAGUACUACGAUGUCAUUGUCGCCCCCAACCUGUACGGUGACAUUCUGUCUGAUGGCGCUGCUGCUCUGGUCGGCUCCCUGGGUCUGGUUCCCAGCGCCAACGUCGGUGACGGCUUCGCUAUCGGUGAGCCCUGCCACGGUAGUGCCCCUGACAUCGAGGGCAAGAACAUUGCCAAUCCCAUCGCUACCUUGCGCUCCGUUGCUCUGAUGCUCGAGUUCCUCGGCGAGGCGAACGCCGCUGCUAAGAUCUAUACCGCUGUCGAUGCCAACCUGGACGAGGCCAAAUUCCUCUCCCCCGACAUGGGCGGCAAGGCCUCUACCACUGAGGUUCUGGAAGAUGUUCUGAAGCGUCUGUAA